AUGAUUCAAAUUUCUGAUGAGUUGAACUUCUCAGACGAGUUAAACUUCAGUGAUGCGUUUAACUUAGAAGCAUUUAAUUUGACAAAUUGUGGAAGUAUUCCUGAUCUAGAAUCAAUAGAGAGAACCAAGUGGAUUUUCUCCGAAACCACAACUCUAGUUACAGCUACAAUUGGUUUACUGGGCAACUCUUUAUCCAUCUGUAUUUUACUAAGAACCAGUAUGAAGAGUGUAUUCAAUCAUCUGCUCGCGGCUCUGUGUUUAUCAGAUCUCAUUUUCCUCAUUACAAAUAUUAUUAUUUGUGUAUUAGGAAUGUACAAUGUAUCUGCUACCGUGAUGUCUAUUAGUCGAAUAGUGUGCCAGAUAGCACUAGCAAUGAGUAUAUUCAUCACUAUCGGGGUAACAAUAGAGAGAUAUCAGGUUGUGUGUUCAGCACAUCUUUACCAGUCUAGGGUACAGAUAAUUGGGCACUGGAAGCUGUUGAGAAUAUACCUGAUCCCCUCUCUUCUGGGAGCAGUGAUGUUCAAUAUACCACUGAUCAUCUCAAAUACUUCUAUAGGAAGCAACCCUUCAUAUAUCAGGUUUCAGAUUAUCUUUCAACUGUUCCAUCCAAUCACAACAACAGGUAUCCUGCCUCUUCUAGUCCUGGGGAUCUUGAAUUACAAAAUCUAUAGAAGAAUACCAUCAGCUCAUAAACCUCAAAAUAGGGGCACAUAUAAAGCUCAGUUGCAGAACUACAAUUCUGAACCUAAGAGGCUAAACCAUGCUUCUGAACAUAAGGGGCUAAACCAUGCUCAUGAACAUAAGGGGCUAAACCAUGCUCCUGAACAUAAGGGGCUAAACCAUGCUCCUGAACAUCAGUGGCUAAACCAUGCUCCUGAACAUAAGGGGCUAAACCAUGCUCCUGAACAUCAGUGGCUAAACCAUGCUCCUGAACAUCAGUGGCUAAACCAUGCUCCUGAACAUCAGUGGCUAAACCAUGCUCCUGAACAUAAGGGGCUAAACCAUGCUCCUGAACAUCAGUGGCUAAACCGUGCUCCUGAACAUAAGGGGCUAAACCAUGCUCCUGAAUCGAAGGGGCUACAUCAAACUCCUGAACAUAAUGGUCUAAACCAAGCACCUGAACCUAAGGAGCUAUACCCUGCACCUGAACCAAAGAGAACAAGCCAGGCUUUGAUACCCAGUAGGCCGCACCAAGGUCCCAUAUCUAAUGGACUAAAUCAAGCACCUAAACCUGAGGGAACAAAGGCUGUUAAUAUAUUUGAGGGGUUGGAUCACACCUCUAAACCUGAGAAGCCAAAUGGUACUCCAAAACCUACUGGGUCAACUCAAACUUUGAAUCCUAAGGACCUUAAUCAUGCCCUUAAAUCUAAGGGUCUAAACAAUGCUCUAAAUACAUGGAGAAAAAACCCUACUUCUAAGACUGAGGGCCUAAAACCGCCUCCUAACCAUCCAAAACUAAAUGGUGCUCCUAAAACAGAGGGACUAAACAAUGCUAAGGGAGCUGAGUGGGUAAAACAUGCUUCUACCCCUAAUGGGCUAAACCAUGCUUCAAAACCUAAAAGACUAAACCAUACUCCCCAUCUGGAGGCCCCGAACUAUGUUCCUAAAAUUAUAGAUCUAAACCAAAUCUCUGAAUAUGAGAAGCUAAACGAAACUUCAGAACACUACAGGCAAGGCCAUACGCUAAAACUUCAUUUAAACCCUACUCCGGUCCCUAAACCUGAGGAGCUAAAUCAAGGUUUGAAACCUAGUGAGCUUAACCAAAGUGUUAAACUUGAGAAGAAAAACAAAUAUCUGAAAUCUAAGAAACGAAUGGCUUGCAAAAGUUUGACUCUAACCUGUGAAAAUAUAAACCUGGGGUCAUCGUCUAAACAAAUGAUUUCUAGGAACCCUACUAUUUACAACAUUAUCAAAAAAAAUUUGAAAUUAAAAGCUUUACUUUUUUGA